ACCGUGAUAGCGCGUGACUGUGGUAAUAACGAAUAUCAGAAAAAUCUCGAAAACUAGUCGAAGAAAACAAACAAAAAGAGUUGUUUGCAUCUCGCCGUUGUUUUUCUUGUGUACAUGUUGGUCUUCUCCACUCCACCAACCUUUGUUGCCUUUUGAUCAAAUCUCGCUCACGUGAACGGAUUUUCACUGAACCAGGGUUUCGUCAGUCGCGUCUGUUUUCCCGGCAAGGAUUGGCUAUUCAAUCGCCGGCCGGUGCGUUCUUUUCCGGCUAUGUCGUUGUGAAUAUCGCGUUCACCGACGUUGAAGACGACGCGCGUGCCCUCCACAGACCCCCUCACCCGAAGAACAGAAACGUUACAUCGCCACCACCGCUGCUGUUAUGUGGGACAUUUUGGUUUACACGUUUUCCAUGCUCAUGACCGGAUCCUUGUUGUUCCUCAUGGUCUAUUCUAUUAUAACACUAUCAGACCUUGAAUGUGAUUAUUUAAAUGCUCAAGAAUGUUGCAACAAGCUGAAUUUUUGGGUACGACCAAAAAUUGUUGCACAAACAAUAAUUGUAGUAGCAUUUUUAACAGACUAUAAUUGGUGGAUGGCAUUUAUAAAUAUACCAGCUGCUGUAUGGGUAGUAUAUGAAUUUGUAACUGUACCCAGAGGAAAUACUGGGUUAUUUGAUCCGACUGAGAUCCUCCAUCGCGGCCAACUGAAAAAGCAUAUGCGAAAUUUUGUAAUAUAUACUGGAUGGUAUCUCAUUACAUUUUUUUUCUAUUUAUACUUUAUGAUAUUGGCUGUUCUAAAAGGAAAUCCCUUAGAGACUGAAGACCCUAUACAUGUCAAUAAAUUCUAGUCUUGAUUUUUGCACAUUCUUACGUUUAUACAUUGUAUACUUAUGUAGUGUUGAGUUAUUUGUAAUUAUUUGUAAUCAUUUAAUUGUUCAAUACAAUUAUGUGACCAUUGUACAAAUCUACAA